AUGGAGAAUGAUGGCCAAAUCUGGAAGGCACCGCAGCUCCUGUUAGCCACUGUGGCCCUGGUGGCCUUCAGCUACCAAGGAAAAAGAAAAACAUUUAUAAGUAUCAAAGAAGUAAGUGCAAUGGAGGCUUACGUGAAGGAAACCUUAGAGUAUGUCACAGAGGAAUACAACAAAGAAAGUGAAGAUUUGUACAACUUCAGGAUCCUCCGCAUCCUAAAGAUUGAGAGGCAGGUGACAAACCACUUGGAAUUUCACAUCACGGUGGAAAUGGAGAGGACCACCUGCUUGAAGACAGAGAAUAACCUCUGUGAUGUCCAGAAAGGGGAACUUUUCAAGAAAAUCAAGUGCUAUUUCUCAGUGUAUGCUGUGCCUUGGCUUGAAAGAUACAAGAUUCAGAAGAACUGUACCAGCAGCAGCUGA